AUGGAUCACGGCGAGUGCUCCACAUUCCAAGCCGCACUUGCUCCGCCCGCACGACGGGCUGCCGCAUACAAUUCGCUCUGUGGUGACGAUAUCACCGUGUACUUGAUCGUCAACGAUCUUGGCGUUAUCAACGAGAUCACAUGGGACACGGAUACGGAUGCCUGCAUUAUCAGCCGUGCCUCUGCGUCCAUGCUCGCGGAGUCGCUCACGGGAAAGACCAUCGAUUUUGCAAUGAAACUGUCAAGUGUUUUCAAAUCACUGAUUCGGGGGCAAUGUGAUGGGGCGAUCGAUACUCUCGGCGACCUGUCGGUGUUCGAAUCGUUGUCACGUAAUCCUCGACGCGUGAAAUGUGCUGCAAUGGCUUGGGCCGCGCUCGACGAUAUCAUCGAGGAUUUCGAAACUAAGCUCAAUACCAAAGUCGGUUGUACUUGGCACGCUCGGGGAGGGUCGCUAGCGGGAGAUGUGAAGAAGAUGGCUUGGAAAAAGGGAGAGCGGAUUCCGACCAAUGUGAUCGUCGGAUUUCUUGGUUCGGGGAAAACGACCGCCAUCACAAAGUUGAUCGAUCAGCGUCCUGCCGGCGAAAACUGGUCCGUCUUAAUCAACGAAUACGGAAUGGUCUCCAUCGACCAUGCUUUGGUUGAUGCCAACCGAGAGGGUGUGGCGGUCGAGGAGCUGGCAGGCGGUUGUGCAUGCUGCACGCUGGCGUUCGCCUUUCAGCCGCUACUGGCGCAGCUCAUACGUCGCACGAAACCAGAUCGUUUGAUCCUGGAACCUUCGGGCGUAAGUCAUCCGGCGAACGUCGUUGACAUUCUCCGCGGUCCGAAUUUUUCCAGUGCCAUCGAUCUUCGCAACAUCAUUUGUUUGAUCGAUCCGAAAGACUUCGAGGAUCCUCGCUGGCGUGAAACGACAAUUUUUCAAGAUCAAGUGCAAUUGGCGGAUAUUGUCGUCUUGAAUUGGACGGAUAACCGUGAUCGAGAGCUAGUCGAUCGUUGUCGUGCUUGGAUCGAAACCUUCAGUCCGCCGAAGCAUAUGAUUCUGGAGACGAGCUACGGCGCGAUUGACCUCGAAUUACUGGAUAUGGAAUUCGACACGUUGCGUUUCCCCUUAUUCGCAGAUGCUCACGCUUCACCGAAAUCAAACCAGGAGGAACUUUCGGUUCUCGAGUUGGCCUCGAAGAUCGGCAGUCACUCGAAAGAUGGCGUAGACAAACACUCGGAAAGCGAUGUUGCUAACCGAAGGCCUGGCCACCGGCAGCCGCUGAGGUUCCAGAAUGACGACCCCAGUUAUGACGCAUGCGGCUGGAUCUUUCACGUCGAUGACAUCUUUGAUCGAGACAAGCUGCUCGACUUGCUGGGGUACGUCCAUCCCAUCGUGCGAUUGAAAGGAGUAUUUCGGUGUCACGACGGCUGGUGGAUGAUCAAUCGGGCCAAGGAUGCGACCACCUAUUCCACUUCAGCCUACCGACGCGAUAGUCGCCUCGAGAUUAUUCUCGACCGUAAGACAUCAGGUUGGAACGAGUUCGAGAUCGAACUGCUCCAGUGUUAUGCGGAAUAA